UCUUUUGGAAUUACGUACAUAAACAAAAAGAAAAAGAAGAACAACUGUCACACUCUCAGAGGUUUUUGGUCCGAAAUAAAUCAAUAAAUCUUAGAAAAAAAAAUUAAAUAAAAACACGGACACGCAUGACCUGCGCCGUAGUUGUGUGAAAAAGACGUGAAGGUGCUUCAAAAUCUUUAAUUGGUGGCGUGUUUUGGUCGUAUUUCCAAGGGCCUUGGAUUUUCUUGUUUAUCGAGGCAUCAGAAUUGUACAACACAUAUCAUUGCUCUGAAGAGUCAACGGGAACGAAACUAAGCUUUAAAAAUGUUGAGCAUCUGCAGAAAUGUCACAAAAAUCAAUGGACCUAAUGUGUCCACUAGGCCAACCAUGGGCCGUUAUAUGCGAUACAUGCCAUGCAUGCCGUACCACGUCCAACGAUAUCACUCCCAAAAAUAUAUUGCUGAACAGCACCAACUACAACAGGAUAAUAAUCAGCAGCAGCAGCAAGUGGGCAAUAAUCAAUCCAAGUCCCAAAUGAACGCAACUACUACCAUCGAAUCAUCCCUAAAAUCUUCAUCAUCCUCAUCAGCAGCAGCAACAGUAUUUUCCCCAUACGUAAAGGAUUCUUAUCAAAAACAGCAACAACUACAAAUGCACCAUAAACCACAGCAGCAACAUUCACAAAAUUCGUUGUCACAUCAAAUGCCACCAACGCCUCCCUCAACAUCAGCAGCAGCUAAUACAACGCAAUCCCAAGUCCAUAUACCAUACAACAUUGAUUGGGUUUUUGAGGGCUUACGGAAACCUUCAAAGCUAUGGUAUAUCUGUAGUCAACUGGCAAUACUUGCUGUAGGAUUAUUUAGCAAAUUUGUUUUAGUUUUUAUGAAUAAAACACGCGUUUACAACAAAGAAAGACUGAUAGAAGCAGUAGCAAAACGACCUACAGGGGUACCAUUAGUCACAGUAUCAAAUCAUCAUUCGUGCUUCGAUGAUCCCGGUCUAUGGGGUGUCCUGCCGAUACGUUAUGUCUGUAAUACCUUCAAAAUCCGAUGGUCGAUGGCUGCUCAUGAUAUCUGUUUUACGAACAAAUAUCAUUCAAUGUUCUUCAUGUUUGGAAAAUGCAUACCGGUAAUACGCGGUAUUGGCGUCUAUCAAGAUGCCGUCAAUUUGUGCAUACAAAAAGCCAAGCAAGGCCAUUGGGUUCAUGUCUUUCCCGAGGGUAAGGUGAACAUGACCAAAGAGGAAAUGCGUCUGAAAUGGGGUGUUGGUCGUAUCAUAUACGAAUCACCAAGGGUUCCCAUUAUUUUGCCCAUGUGGCAUGAGGGCAUGGAUGAAGUGUUGCCCAAUGUUGAGCCAUAUAUCCUGAAAUGGGGUAAAAAGGUUACACUGAACGUGGGAAAGCCAAUUGACCUAAACGAUUUCAUCGAUGACCUGAAGUGUAGGGGUGUACCCGAACCAGAGGCUAGAAAAUUAAUAACCGACAAAAUCCAAGAAGUUUUCCACCAUUUACGCUUAGAAACCGAAGAACUACACAAGAAACGUAACUAGUGUCUUAAGUCAAUGUUUGCUCUCGCUCUCUUCGUUUUAUUAAUUGGUAAUCGUAAAGUAAGCAGUACAGCCUAUACAUAGAGUCUCUGUUUAUUAAUAAUAAGCUAAACACAUACAAAGCUAUUGAGAAACUAUCAAAAGAAAACGAAUAAGAAAUCAAUCGAAGCAUUUGUUUCCUUCUUUGCCAUAAUGUUGACUUUGAUUUGGAUUUAUUUUUUGUUUGUCUUUUUUUUAAUACAAUUGCCUAGCAGUAAUAAUUGCAUAUUUAUUGCAAAUUAUAUUUUGUACAAUUUAAAUAAUGUUUGUUUUUAUGUUAUUAACAUUGUAAGCUUACUGUGGUCAAACAGCAAACAACAAAAAGAACAACAACAAUUCUUGUUAUUUAUUAAAUAAAAAUUGUAAAUAAUUUCAAUGAAAUGUAGCUAUGAAAGAAAGUGAAAGAAAAA